GAACAUCCGAACAUGUAAACCCUAUACAAUAAAUAUCUCCACUCUUCAGUCUUCUCUCGUAAGUCUUACAUCUCUACAUUGCUUCAGACAAGAAGGAGAAGAAGAGUUAUCAGCUAACGUCAUGAGUGUUCUACAUCUCCUUGCUUUCUCUCUGCUCGUAUCCGUUUCAGCAAAGUUCUCAGGCCGACCAGGAAUCAACUACGGACAGCUAGGAAACAACCUCCCAUCUCCCUCCGACUCAGUCAAACUCAUCCAAUCCCUAAACGCCAAACGCGUCAAACUCUACGACGCAAACCCAACCAUCCUCGCCGCCUUAAACGCCACCGACAUCACCGUCUCCGUCAUGAUCCCCAACGAACUCAUCAUCAACAUCUCAAAAUCCCAACCCCUCUCCGACGAGUGGAUCCGCUCAAACAUCCUCCCGUUUCACCCCUCCACCAAGAUCCGUUACCUCCUCGUCGGCAACGAGAUCCUCUCCUCCGCCGACUCCGAGCUCAAAUCCUCUCUCGUCCCCGCAAUGCGCAAGAUCCAACGCUCUUUAAAAAAACUCGGCGUCAAGAAAGUCAAAGUGGGGACCACACUCGCCGUCGACGUUCUCAAAACCUCGUUCCCUCCUUCUCACGGCGAGUUCCGUCCCGACAUCUCCGGUUCGGUUAUCAAACCGAUGCUCAAAUUCUUAAACCGGACCAAAUCGUUUCUAUUCAUCGACGUCUACCCGUAUUUCCCCUGGGCCCAAGAUCCGGCCCAUGUAGAUCUCAGUUACGCGCUUUUCGAAUCCACCAACGUAACCGUAACUGAUCCCGCCACGAACCUAACUUACAACAACCUCUUCGACCAAAUGAUCGACGCUUUCGUCUUCGCCACGUCACGCCUCGGCUACCCGGAUCUUCGGAUCUGGGUCGCCGAGACGGGCUGGCCCAACGACGGAGACUACGACCAAAUCGGAGCGAACAUCCACAACGCCGCGACAUACAACCGCAACGUCGUCAAGAAACUCUCCGCCGUGCCUCCGGUGGGAACUCCGGCGAGGCCCGGGAAGGUUCUCCCGUCGUUUAUCUUCGCCUUGUUCAACGAGAAUCAGAAAACGGGUCCGGGUACGGAGCGGCAUUUCGGACUCUUGCAUCCGAACGGGACUCGGGUUUACGAGAUUGAGUUGUCGGGGGAGACGACGGAGUACAGGGAGACGUUGCCGGCGCCGGAGAAUAAUGAGGUGUACAGAGGGAAGAUAUGGUGCGUGGUGGCUAAAGGAGCGAAUUGGACUCAGCUUGGUGAGGCUCUAUCGUAUGUUUGCUCACAGGGGAAUAAUACUUGCGACCCGAUUAGAUCCGGAGGUCCGUGUUAUAAACCGGAUUUGGCUGUAUUGCAUGCUAGCUACGCGUUUAGCUCCUAUUGGGCUAGGUUUCGUGAGACCGGUGGGACUUGCUCGUUUAAUGGACUUGCUACUCAAACCAUUAAAGAUCCGAGUAAGUCAUGUUUAUUUGGUUCACUAAUUUCAGGAUGUUUAAACCGGAUUGGUUUACAGAAAUUGUCUACUCUAUUAUUGUUUGACCAGGCUUUGGACGUUGCGAGUUUCCGAGCGUGACAUUGUGACGGCUUACGAGAUACGACAGUGUCGAGAAGAGAGAAGACCAUAGGAAUAGGAGAAAAGACCGCAGGAUGUUACGGCUUGAUUACUAGAAACGGCACGUGAUUACGGUCCAGUGUGUUUCAAUGUGUUGUUUAUUUAAUUUGUUCCCGCGGGAAUAAUAAAGACUCAUGAGUAGAAAUAAAUUUGUCUUGUCUGGUAACGUAACCGAUUCUUUACGUCUAAUAAAAAUUUGUUUUUAUCAGAUUUUGUUGUUGAUUACUAUACGUCAGCUUGAUUCUGGAAAUUAAUUUAAGAAUAUCCUGCGGCUAGUUUUCC